UACGGUAGUGCCUCCUCGCGGGACCGGCCUUCCCCUAGUCGCCUCAGCGGCCUCCACGUGGGGAGAGCGGCGCCCGGAGCAGCCGCCGCCAUGAGGAGGCCCAAGUUGAAGAAGGCUAGUAAGCGCAUGACCUGCCAUAAACGAUAUAAAAUCCAGAAAAAGGUUCGGGAGCACAGCAGAAAACUCAGGAAAGAAGCCAAGAAACGUGGGCACAAAAAGCCCAAGAAAGAUCCAGGAAUUCCCAAUGCUGCACCUUUUAAGGAAGAGGUUCUUCGUGAAGCAGAGCAAAGGAAGCAAAGGCUUGAAGAACUAAAACAAAAGCAGAAACUUGCUAGGCAGAAAGACCUUGAAAAGAAAAGAAAGCUACAGGCUAAAAAGAAUGCUACCAAAGCAAAUAAACAUCCAGAGGAAAAGGAAUCAACCAUUAAACUAAAAGCAAAAUCUAACACACUGCUGGAUAAAAAUUCAAAGAAAUCAUUUUGUAGAGAACUUAAAAAGGUGAUUGAGGCUUCAGAUAUAGUCCUGCAGGUCUUAGAUGCCAGAGAUCCCCUGGGCUGUCGGUGCUCCCAGGUGGAACAAAUCAUUACUCAGUCUGGAGGAAACAAAAAGCUACUAUUGGUGUUAAACAAAAUCGAUCUGGUACCAAGGGAGAACUUGGAGAAAUGGUUACAUUAUUUGAAGAACGAGUUUCCGACAGUCGCUUUUAAAUCCUCAAUGCAGCUGAAGGACAGAAGUGUGCAGGAGAAGAAGCUCACAAAGAAGAGAGCUCACAUUGACUUGUCAAGAGGCAGCAUGUGUUUUGGAAGUGAGUGUCUUUUGAAGCUUCUUCGAGAGCACUGCAAGACUCAAGACAAAGCCAUUCAAGUUGGGGUGAUAGGCUUCCCUAAUGUGGGGAAGAGCAGUAUAAUCAAUAGUCUGAAGGAGGUGCGUGUCUGUAAUGUGGGGCCAGUCAGAGGCAUUACCAAGUGCAUGCAGACAGUCCAUAUUGACAAACAAAUCAAGAUGAUAGACAGCCCAAGCAUCAUUGCAGCCCUUUCCAACUCUGCUCUUGCUCUGGCUUUGAGGACCACCACAGAUAUUGAAGAAUCAGGAAAAUUAUUAGAUGCAGUAAAUGCUAUUCUGAAGCACUGCAGUAAACAGCAGAUGAUGCUGUACUACAACAUCCCAGACUUCAGAAACUCUGUGGAGUUUUUAACUUUACUUGCACAAAAAAGGGGAAUGCUGAAAAAGGGAGGUGUCCCUGACACAGAGAGUGCAGCUAAAUUACUACUUUACGACUGGACGGGUGCCAAAGUUAGUUACCAUUCAUUGCUUCCUUCAUCACGGAGUCUGUCACCACACCUCACCAAGGAGGUGGUAGCGGAAAUGCAGCAGGGUUUUAACUUAGAGGAGCUGGCAAAGGAUAAUAUGAACACUAUUAAAGCUGUAAAAUAUCCCAAUCUGGCAAGCAGUAUCGUUUUCCAGUCGUCUGGCUUGACCAAUGGGACAAUAGAAGAGAAUGAACUAACUGAGGAAACAUCAGGACUGGAGAACAUGGAAACAAGUGAAGAAGGGGAGGAUUUAACUGAAGAUGACCAGGAUAGUGAUGAGGAAGAGGAAGCUGUUGAAGAGGAAAGCGAUGUUCAGACAAGCAGCAAAACAAACCCUGCAAAACUGAGCGUGGAGGAUGGAAGCUUGGAAAAACAACCAGCAGGUGAACAGUCCCGUACUUUAUCAUUCAACUUGGAUGAGACAACUGAUCAGGAUGAUGCUUACGAUUUUAAUACAGAUUAUGUGUAAAGACAGAAAAACAGACUCAAAGGCCUAAUUUUGAGAAGAGCAUUGCUAACUUUCUAAGUAGCUAUAAAACACUCUCUCCUUUGGCCUCUUUCAGUCCUAUGGACCUUGCUUGCAAGACACUGCUGCAAAGACCCAAUAUCUCUACUGACCUGAAAUAUUAUAUAGAAUGCAACUUACACAUGAUUUUCAAACUUAAUGUUUGUUUUCUAGAACUGUGUAUACUUCAGCUUUGUAAAUUUUGUAGUUCUCUAAACUUCUGUAAAAAGAUUUUAUUAAAUUCAUCUUAAGGACUA